GAUCCGCGGUACAUUCCUCUAGACGCACACCUGCUCCUACUUUAUGCUCGCGGGUGAAGUCAAUCAAGAAGGAGAUCGAGAGAACCAAACCAUCUUAUUCUUCCAUCAAAGAUGCUCAAGUCGAUCCAACGUUCCAAAAGAGGCAUCGGGGGCUCCAAUGCUUCCGAUGCGCGAAGUACAUGGCGGAUGGUAUCUCUGAUUCUCCUUGGAUUAUCUCUGAUUGCCUACAGAUCCAUCAAAAGUCCGUUCGAUGCUUCAUUGGGUACUCGUCUGAAAUCCUCCACCAGUCUCUUGCUCACGGAUCUCAUCUACGAGCCCUCGCCUCCACAAUUCAGCCAAGCCAACAUUGCCCGUCCCAUCUGCACCGAACCAACGGGAGGACAGUGCCGCGUGUCCAAUGGUCCCGUUCCGCUCUCCUCUUUGACAAACAAUGGAACCAACAACUGCUACACAUGCGAUGGUAGAUGCUCCAAUCAUGCCACCUGCUUCUUUGGCACCUGCAUGUGCCAUCCGGGAUACGAAGGGCCCACUUGUGAGGACAAAAUGCUCAUUGCCAAUCCCUGGUAUACCGCCGAUUGUCCCAAUCUGCGUGAUGAGGUCAACACGUUGAAUGUCAAUGCCACUAAUCUCGGUGGGGUGGAGUUUUGCCACGAAGGACUGGCAGAACACGCCUCGUUGGGAACAGGCUUGAGCUACUGUGCCUAUCUGUGCUACUCCAAUGUGGCCUAUGGGUCGGCCAUUGUCCCACACGCGCUAUGGAAAAAGGCACAAGAAGCCGAAAACAAUCUAUGGGCCAAGAUUUCCCGCGGAAACAAUGAUCGAUACAACGAUCACUUUCAAGGAUAUGCCCAAUACAAGUGCGUCCCACGAGACCUCGGUCAUGUCGUGGAGUUUGGUACCGGACCAUGGACGCAGAUCCGCGGAUUGUUGAGUCUUCGACCAGAUGUCAAGGUCAAGAGCUACACAGUGUUGGAGCCGGGAGCGGACUUUUACAUUGAAAGUGUUGCCAGCUGCGCGUACAAAACUGGAAAACUUUCCAAGCAUCCUGAUACUUCCAAUUUCCAUGAUUUCCCAGUCUUUGUCAAGUCUAGUCUGGGAGAAACGGCCAUGGCGACGAACCUUCAGUUUGACACCGUCAUGGUAUCCAAUGUCAUUGAACACGUCCAAAACGCGGUAGAUUUCUUGCACGGAAUUCACAAAAGUUUGAAACCUGGUGGUCUCCUCAUCUUUCAUGAUCGGUACUUUUCGUAUCCCGAGGCAGGCGACAAGGUAUUGGGGAGGAAUGUAUUCCAUCCCAUUCGAUUGACCCAACGAUUCUUUGAUCUUUUCUUGGCUGACUUUGACAUCAUCUUUAACAAUUGCGAAGGUGAAAAGACUAUCCACGGAUGGAAGCAACGAAAUAGUGGCGAACGAGGCUACUACGUCGUUGCUCGCAAAAAGGUACCAGCUACCACCGGCGUCGCCAGCAAUGAGUGAUACUGGAACGCGAGCACCAGACAAUGUUGGCGGAGACAACCAGAUCUGUGAUGAUGUAGACGCGUUGGAAGAAGCCAGACUUGAGAAAGCUAGAGUCCUGGAGCUAAAGCAAGCUCGCUUUUGCUGUGUCUCUAAUUUUACCAGUAAUACAAAUAUUUAUUUAUUUUUAUUAAAAAAUGAUGCAUGUGAGUUC